CUUGAAUGGAUUUGCAACGCGACAUUUAUAACGAAAGUGUUUUCACACAAAGUAAGACUAAAUAUACACAAUGCAUGUAUGUGAAUGUGUAAAGAAGCCAGUGUGCAAUAUGAAGUAUGGUUGUAUAUACUUUGAAAUAUUUGAAACAAAUUCCAUGGUAUGCACACAGUUUAACACGUGAUAGGGCCCGUUUCUCAAUCGGAAGGCUGCAGCCUCCGGAGGUCGCAUAUGUAGGCUGCAUACGUAAUCACUCCUGGUUUAUUUAAGUUAACUGAGCAUUACAUUCGCAAUUCAUAAGCAUAUUACAACAAUUUACGAUUAACUAAGAAUAGUAGUCAACUUUAUAAUUGUUAAUAUUCUGAAAUAAGAUACUGUUUAUGACGUAUGUAGCCUGUAAAUGAUACCUCCGGAGUAUACAGUGUACACUAUAGAGUGUGCAGUACCGAGUUGCGCCUGUGGGUGGCAGCAGUGCGCUGAAUGAAUUGAAUGACCGAUGCUGGAGUGAAGAAGAAUCGCUCUGCUGUUUUGUUCGCAGCAGUGUUUUUGGUUUAAACGGUGUUAGCAUGAGUUUUUUCGGUAUCAUUUAAAACAUGAUUUCACAUUUCAAUUUUAUAAUUGACACUCAAACAUAAGCGACAUGGAGAAGCGAGAGGAGGACGACGUGAAGGGUUCUGGAAACAGCGAGCAGCCGUUGACAGAUGAGAAAUCCAGACCUGUAGAGAAGAGAGGACCGUAUAUAAUGUCUAAAGUUCCUGCUUUUCACAUCAAACUUCAGAAGCACCGAGACGCAGCCCGGAGAGCCCUGCAGAAAAGAGGAUUCACCUCAGACAGACCUGUGCUACAACAACCUCGACAUAAACCAAAGACUGUAAAGUUUAAUAGAGGAUACGCUGCCCUGAGCCAGAUUGGAGACGAUUAUCUGGUUCCUCUGGAUUCAGACAGUGAGACAGAGCUGGACUGUUCAUCUGGAUAUUCUUCAGCCGAGGUGCAUCCAGACCUGAACAGACAGCUGUUAAAGGAUGGAUAUCAUCUAGAUGAAAUACCUGAUGAUGAAGAUUUGGACCUGAUCCCGCCUAAAGCUUUGAGCUCAUCCGUCUGCUGCUGUUUAGACACUUCGUCCUGCUGCGUGCAGUGAUCAAACCUCAGCACUGAACACUGAGUUUAAUAUAGAAAAGCUCAACAUUUAGUUACUUAUAGGAGGACACUUUCACCUGUGGCACAGUAAAGACACAUCCUUAUAAAGCUUCUUAAUGUUUGAUUUGCCAUAGUUUAUCUGUGACACUUUCAAUCCCAGUAUACUCAUAUCUGUUUAAUGGGCAAAUCUCAUGGAGAUAUGUCACAAUGAUAAGCUCUUAAUGUUUUGUGUGUGGUGUGUCUGUGUCUAUAGAUGUUAAAAAUCAGGACAGGACGAUCUAUGUGUCGAAAUGUUUGUUUCUUAACAUUUUCAUAACGGAUUUGUAAGAUUUUCCAUUUCAAAAUAAUGCUUUAUGCAAAGGCCACUUUUAGAGCUGUAUACCGGAGCUAUAUACUAAAUCUAUACAUUACAGCUGUAUACUACAGCUAUACAUCAGUUGUUUUCUCUGUGGUCUUUCCAACAGAAACAUCUGACACUUUUUCAGCAUUCACAGCUGGAGAAUUUUCAAGAGUUUCUUAAAUUUGUCUGUGAGUUGUUACUUUAGUUAAAUACCUACUGUGAGAUAUGACUGUGUUAUUUUAUAUUUAAAUUUAUAUAAACAAGUAUAUUUUAUCUACCCUUGAGAAAAGCUUUCUUAAGUAUUAUAAGUAUGUUUGUGUGUAAUUUGUGUGUCUGUGAGAGAGAGGCGAAGUGUUUUGGUUUAGCAUUAGACUGAGACAAUCUUUAACACUAUGCAACAAAACACUUUUGAUAUCUUUAGUUUGUAGCCACAUAUAAGUUACUGACUUUAUAUAUAACAUUAACAUGUAUUUUACUGCAAGACAUAUAUUACUUGUACUAACAUUUUUAUAAAAUAAAGGAACUAUACCUAAAA